UAGUGGAGUCGCAGUUGUUUUUAGGGAGUUGGGGGAAUCCCUUUUCCUAAUUCAGAGUCAGACACAACCUAUUUCCCUUCCUCUCUCCAAAGAUAAAAAAAUCAAGAGCAAACCCCUUUUGAGUUCAAACUGAUUAACAGUAAUGGCAGAUAAACUAGUACUAUUAGAUACAUGGCCAAGUCCAUUUGGAAUGAGGGUGAGAAUUGCCUUGAAAGAAAAGGGUCUCCACUAUGAUUACAAAGAAGAAAAUCUUAGAGAAAAAAGUCCUCUUCUUCUCAAAAUGAACCCACUUCAUAAAAAAAUCCCUGUUUUGAUUCAUAAUGAAAAACCCAUUUCUGAAUCCUUACUGAUCGUUCAAUACAUUGAUGAAGUUUGGAAAGAUAAAUCUCCACUUUUACCUAAUGAUCCAUAUGAAAGAGCUUCAGAGAGGGUUUGGGCUGAUUAUGUCGACAAAAAGGUAUUUGAAAUUGGGAGGAAGUUAUGGAUGACUAAAGAAGAAGAACAUGAGAAAGCUAAGAAUGAUUUCAUUGACUGUUUGAAGGUAUUAGAAGGAGAGCUUGGAGAUAAGAUUUACUAUGGAGGUGACAAAAUGGGGUUUUUAGAUGUGGCUUUUGUUCCUUACUACAGUUGGUUUUACUCUUAUGAAACUUGUGGCAAGUUUAGUAUGGAAGAAAUUUGUCCUAAAUUGAUGGAAUGGGCAAAGAAAUGUAUGGAGAAAGAUAGUGUCUCUGAAUCACUUCCCGAAUCACAAAAGAUUUAUCAAUUCGUUUUGAAACUUAAGCAGAGGUAUGGAAUUGUUGAUUAGGGUUUCAGAUUAAGUAUCGUUACUGUUAUUGUCUCACUUAUGCGGCAUGCUUAAGAUGAUGUAGAAUGUGUUUUAUUUAAAGAGUACUGAAUUUCAGCAUUUGGUUUCUAAGAAUGAAGUUGGUUACAUAAUUUACCUAAUUGAUAGAAGAGGUAGAAUCCAAUGCUAAAUGUUUUAAAUUUGUUAAUAAAUCCUUUUAACAGUUACUCAUAGCAAUUUUUUGAGUAUAUUA